UGCCCCUGGGUACCCCACUCCGGCUCUGAGUGCUGUGCCCCCCCAGGCCAGGUGAUCUCGGCCACGCAGGAGCAGAUCCGCAAUGCCUACUACCCCGAGUACUUCAUCCUGGAGGUGACUGGGCAGCUGCAGACACGCCAGGCGGCCGGCACCUAUGACGACAGCUACCUGGGGUACUCGGUGGCUGUGGGUGAGUUCAGUGGAGACUCCAACGAAGACUUCGUGGCCGGCGUGCCCAAGGGGAACCUCACCUAUGGCUAUGUCACAAUCCUGAACGGCUCCGACAUCCGGUCCCUGUACAACUUCUCCGGGGAGCAGAUGGCGGCAUAUUUUGGCUAUGCCGUGGCUGCCACCGAUGUCAACAGUGACGGGUGAGUGUCCCUCUUACCCCCCAUCCCUGCAUGGGCCUGGCUAGCUAUGGGAGCACUGGACUGGCUGCCCCCUUGCCAGGAGGAGGUCGGCCGGGUCUACCUGUACCUGCAGCAGGCACACGGCAUGGAGCCACAGCCCCACGCCGUGCUCACCGGGACCCAGGAGUUUGGGCGCUUCGGCAGUGCCAUCGCCCCCCUGGGGGACCUCGACCAGGACGGCUACAACGACGUGGGCGUGGGGGCGCCAUUCGGAGGCGAGGCCCAGCAGGGCGUAGUCUUCAUCUACAACGGGCAGCCAGGGGGGCUGCGCCCGGAGCCCUCCCAGACACUGAAGGGCCUGUGGCCCCCUGGCCGCACCCCCGACUUUUUUGGCUUCUCCCUGCGCGGCACCAAGGACCUGGACAGCAAUGGAUACCCAGACCUCAUCGUGGGCGCCUUUGGCGUGGACACAGCCGUCGUAUACAGGUCCACCCCCCAUGUCUACGCCAUCGCCUCCCUCAGCAUCUACCCCACCAUGUUCAACCCUGAGGAGCGAACCUGCACCCUGGAGGGCACCGACACCCAUGUGGCCUGCAUCAACCUGAGCUUCUGCCUCAACGCCUCAGGGAAACACGUGCCUGACCUCAUCGGCUUCACGGUGCAGCUGCUGCUGGACUGGCUGAAGCAGAAAGGGGCGGUGAAGCGGGCGCUCUUCCUCCGCACCCGCCAGCCCGUCCUAGACGUGCCCCUGCAGGUGCCCAAUGGUGCUGUCGACACCUGUCGCGAGAUGAAGAUCUACCUGCGGAACGAGUCGGAGUUCAGGGACAAGCUGUCGCCCAUCCAUGUGGCGCUGACCUUCCGCCUGGACCCCCACGCUGCCCCUGAUGCCCACGGGCUGCAGCCCAUCCUCCACUACCUGGCCCGUGACCGCAUCGAGCAGAAGGCUCAGAUCCAGCUGGACUGUGGGGAGGAUAACAUUUGCGUGCCUGACCUGCAGCUGGAUGUCUUCGGGGAGCAGCGGGUCGUGUACCUGGGGGACAAGAACGCACUGAACUUGACCUUCCAUGCCCGCAACCGCGGCGAGGGCGGCGCCUACGAGGCCGAGCUGUGUGUCACACUGCCCCCCGAGGCUGAGUACUCGGGCAUCAUCCGCGACCAUGCGAACUUCACCAGCCUGAGCUGCGGAUAUGAGUUGCAGAACGGGACCCGGCUGGUGGUGUGUGACCUGGGCAACCCCAUGAAGGCCGGUGCCAGCCUGUGGGGCGGACUGCGCUUCACCGUGCCCCACCUCCGCGACACCCGCUCUACCGUCCAGUUUGACUUCCAGAUCCGCAGCAAGAACCAGAACAACUCCCAGAGCGAACUGGUCGAGUUCUCACUACAGGUCCGUGCUGCUGCCCGCGUCUCCACCCACGGGGUGUCCAAGCCUGAGGCCGUGACCUUCUUCGUGGCUGGUGGGCAGCCAGGACGAGAGCCCCAGAGGGAGCAGGACGUGGGGCCUGAGGUGCAGCAUGUCUAUGAGCUGGUGAACGAGGGGCCCAGCACUAUCAGCCAAGGCACCCUGGAGUUGAGCUGCCCCCUGAGCUACCAGGGGCGCCAGGUGCUGUACGUCACACGCUACGUGGCACCCGGCAACUGCACCUCCAGCCACCCCAUCAACUCCCUGCAGCUCCAGCUGGAGCAGAGCCCAGCACCUCCCAGCCUGGAGCAGCAUUUCCUGCAGCGCCGGGACACACGUGGCGGGGGGACUCCCGGUGCCCCCCACCCCCUGCGGUGCUCUGAGGCGGAGUGCUUCCAGCUCCAUUGCCAGGUGGGGGUGUUGCAGCGGCAGCAGCGCGUCACCCUGCGUCUGCACUUCCGGCUUUGGGCCAACACCUUCCACCAGAAGGAAGGCCAGCCGACAGCGCUGCAGUGCGAAGCCGCCUACCAAGUGCUGCACAUGCCCUACCGCAUCUUGCCCCAGCACUACCCAAGUGCCGCGCUCAAGGUGUCGACAAUGUUGCAGUGGGCCAAGGCGGAGAGCAGCCCCAGCGUCCCGCUGUGGAUCAUCGUGCUGGCUGUCCUCUUCGGGCUGCUGCUGCUGGCACUGCUCAUCUAUGGGCUGUACAAGGUCGGGUUCUUCAAGCGCUCCCUGCCCUACGGCACGGCCAUGGAGAAGGCGCAGCUCAAGCCACAGGCGGCCUCGGAGGCCUAGCGAGGCCUGGGCCUCGCCUGUCGCCCCGGCCCGUCCAUCCAUCGAACCGUCCUGUUGGCGCCACAGGAAAGGGGCACACACCUGCCGCCAGGCCCCGGGCCCACCUGACGUGAGGGCUGUGACGGCACCACCUCCAGGCCGCCCCGGGCCGGGCCAACGGGUCACCUGCCGAGCCAUACUUGAAGAGGCUGCACGGGGCGCGGACCGGGCUGGAGACGCAGCUCAGGAACCUGCACCUGGCAUCAGCCCCCGGACCCCCUCGGCGGGCACGGGUGGCACCGGGUCAGGGACCCAUGGCAUGGACGUGUCUUCAAGUGCAAUAGACCCCCAGCCCACGUGGUGCUGCCCGGGGAGUCCCCGGGCCCCGCAUCCCCCUGCCCUUUCCCCCGUGGUGCUGGGCAUCGGGACUCCAUGCAGACAUGGCAGCUACUGCUUGGGUGCGUGCCCUGCUGCUGCUGCCAGGACACUAGACCCUGCCUGCCUGGGCUGUGGGCAAUGCCUGGGCAGGGGCAUGGGGCUGGCACCACUCCUAAGAGGCCUAAAUUGC